UUGAGCGAGAAGAUCUAGAUCACGGAAUAAAAGACAGUGCCCAAUACCGAGGGCAAUCUACAUAUCCUAGCGGAAGGAUAACCGUGUUCCGAAUGACGGAUAACGCAGAUAUAAGAAGGUUAUUUUUGCGAUCAGAGAGGUAAACCCCUACAGAAAUGUCUCACAGAUGGUGCGGAAAUAAGGAAUACCGAUCUGGCUACAUCCACGCGGUAUCGGGACCAGUAGUGGUCGCAAAAGACAUGACGGGAUGUGCGAUGUAUGAGCUGGUGCGGAUAGGACAUCAGAAAUUGGUGGGCGAGGUGAUUAGAUUAGAAGGCGACCUGGCCACGGUACAAGUCUACGAAGACACCAGCGGAUUGGCCGUAGGUGAUCCAGUCCAACGAACAGGAAGUCCCCUAUCCGUGGAGCUGGGUCCAGGGAUUUUGGGCAACAUAUUCGAUGGGAUCCAACGACCCCUGCGAGACAUCGGGCUGCAGACUGGCUCGAUUUACAUCCCAAAAGGCGCAAAUGUCCCAGCAGUGUCCAGAUCCCAACUCUGGGAGUUCGUGCCCUGCAAAAUCCGGAAAGGGACUCCGGUGACCAGCGGCGACGUCAUAGGUGAGGUCUACGAGAACACCCUGAUGAAGCACAAGAUCAUGGUGGCACCAGGGAGAUGUGGGAAGGUCUUGUAUCUGGCCCCUGCUGGAGAGUACACGGUGGACGAGGUGAUCCUGGAGACUGAAUUUGACGAUGAAAAAUCGGCGCAUGGGAUGCUUCAGGUUUGGCCAGUCAGGAGAGCUCGUCCAGUUUCAGAAAAAUUGCCUGCCAACCAUCCUCUGCUCACUGGGCAGAGGGUUUUGGACGGGCUCUUCCCCUGCGUCCAGGGAGGCACCACGGCCAUCCCUGGGUCCUUUGGCUGUGGGAAGACCGUCAUCUCGCAGAACCUCUCCAAGUACUCCAAUUCGGACGUGAUCGUCUACGUAGGAUGCGGCGAACGGGGCAACGAGAUGUCCGAGGUUCUUCGGGAUUUUCCCGAGCUCUCGGUAGAAAUCGAGGGUUCCACGGAGUCCAUCAUGAAGAGGACCGCCCUGGUGGCGAACGCAUCCAACAUGCCGGUCGCGGCCAGGGAAGCCUCGAUUUACACUGGAAUCACGAUCUCCGAGUACUUCCGUGACAUGGGGUACAAUGUUUCCAUGAUGGCGGAUUCCACGUCCAGGUGGGCGGAAGCUCUGAGAGAGAUUUCCGGGAGGCUGGGAGAGAUGCCAGCUGAUUCUGGGUACCCGGCGUAUCUCGGAGCUCGACUUGCCAGCUUCUACGAGAGGGCUGGAAGGGUUCUGUGUUUGGGGUGUCCAGAAAGGGAGGGAUCUGUCAGCAUCGUUGGAGCCGUUUCUCCGCCUGGAGGAGACAUUUCGGAUCCUGUGACCAGCGCGACUCUUGGUAUCGUUCAGGUGUUCUGGGGUCUGGAUAAGAAGCUGGCUCAGAGGAAGCACUUUCCUGCCGUCAACUGGCUCAUCUCCUACAGCAGGUACCUGAAGUCGCUGGAUGGCUUCUACGAGGAAAAUUUUCCGGGGUUCACGUCGUUACGUGCCAAAGUAAAGGAACUUCUGCAGGAAGAGGAACAGCUCAAUGAAGUCGUGCAGCUCGUUGGAAGAGCGUCCCUCUCGGAGGUUGACAAAGUCAUUUUAGAAGUGGUUAAGCUCGUCAAAGACGAGUUCCUUCGACAAAACAGUUAUUCGCCGUACGACAGAUUCUGUCCAUUCUAUAAGACAGUGGGCAUGCUAAGGAAUAUUGUGAGCUUUUACGAGCUAGCUAGACAAGCCGUAGAAAGUACGGCGUUACAUGAAAAUAAAAUCACCUGGAACACCAUUCUGGAAGCUUUGGGGCCCAUCCUCCAUCGACUUAGCUUAAUGAAGUUCAUGGAUCCUAUCUCUGAUGGGGAGAGCAAGAUUAAUGAAGAGUAUGAGAAGCUCUACGAAGACAUGCAGCGAGCUUUUAAGAAUCUGGAAGAUUGACCAACAUCCUGUGGUGAUUUCGAGUUUAUGGAGAAGCCUUAGGGAACUGCAAAUUCACUCUUUGGAAUUAUCACCCUGGUGAUAGUUGAACUUUUUCAUAAGUUUUAUAAGU